GUUCGACACAUUCCUAGUCCAGGCUCAUGACCCAUCGGCAAGUGGGUGUCGGCCGAGUACCAUCAAACUCCCAUGACCGCAAGCAACAACAGCCUACAGGGAUAAACGUGAUUCAGAGAGUUGGACGCUACGGUAGUUGACAGGGCGGCAAUCUCAUACCCAUCUCAGCCACUCCCAGCAUCAGAUUUACCUCCGCUGUCACCGUGCUUCCAAAUGCCCCAGCAACCUCCUAAGGCCUCCCGGGUUCAUAGUUCCCAGCCCAGCGUCCAAGGGAACAGUGUUGCGCGUCCAAGGCUCAAGGGGAUUCUGCAUGUGAUGAGAAGCCACCUCGCCAAGCAUCUUGGCAGCACAGGUGGACGGGGUGACUGAUGUGGCUCUACUCAGGGUCAAUCCUUUGGCUCGGGCACAGCCGGGGUCGCAGGAUUUCGGCCGACAGCUCGCCUACUGUGAGGUGCAUGCACGAACACUCGUACCUACUUCAAAUCUAGCCUUCCUGUUCAGGAUGGUGGUGCUGGCUGGGUUGGCCCGGCCUGUGGUUUCUUUCGUGCUUGCAGCUGGCGUGCUGAUCUGCCACGCUGCCUGGCUGCAUCCCAUCCCGCCCGCAUUUCCGUGUGGGUGGUGUCACCUUGGUGUGCGUCUGUGGACUUCGGUUCCGAGUGUUUGUGUGCCGUGCGUUCCAGUCGAGGCCGUUGAAGGCCGCCACGAACGGCCGGCCGGCGCGCGGGGUUGGAUCGUCGAGGAGGGUCGUCUAGGAGGGGGGAGGCGUUCAUUUGGGUGCCAGAUCUCCCAUCCAGAGACUUGCUUUUGCUUCUUCCACACCCAAGCAGUUGCCCGCCGCCAACGAGAGGUAGGGCUGAGUCAAUGCACGAUUGAUGAAAAGCUUCCUUCAUCCCAUGUUAGGUGGUCGCGAUUUGGGCCAAAACCUUGUGCGACUCUUUAGAUUCUAGGCUUGUAAUGGUAGGUUGCUUGUAGCCAGGUUGUCUAGUCUCCCACCCGGCAUAGCUUUGGCAGGGUUCUCGAGGCUCUCUGGGAGUUUCGCUGGGGGGAAAAAGUUCUUAGUCCACAGAAGCAAGAAAGAUGACGGAGGCAUCAAUUAGCCCGUUGCGCGCGGGCAGCUCCGUAAUGCUAAGUGUAGGCGCAGUGCUAACUUCUUAACGGCGUUUACAGACAGGGUACAGCAGGAUAUAGCAGGGAGAGGGCGGGUUGAUAUGAUCCGAUUUGUUACUCUUCGGAGUUUAGGGGGCGAAGUCUAUUAGAUUCAAAAGUG